AUGGAUAUAAACCCUCACACUCACUUUCUCUACUUGAGAAACUUCACCUAUUUUUCCUUCUUCUCUGAGGUGCACCACUCAGAUCAUGUGGCCACCACUGUUGUGGAGACCCUGGCUAUCACCGCUGUCUUCCUGGUCUCUGUGGCAGCAAAUGUGGGAGCUGCAGCCAUGGUAAUGUGGAAACGCAGACUGCUGACCAACAAGACCAUCCUGACCCUCAACUUGUUUGUGGCCGACCUGCUGUUUGUCAGCAUGAUCCCGCUGAUUGUGGCAGUGCGGUGGACGGUGUCCUGGAUGCUGGGGUAUACGGCCUGUCACAUUGUGCUGUAUGUCAUCUGUGUGAGCGGCUGUGUCACCGUCACCACGCUGGCCACCAUCAGCGUGGAGAGGGUGCAGGCCAUCCUUCGACUGCGGACUGUGCCCACUUUAAACCGCAAGAUGGUGACCGCCACCCUCUUCUUCAUCUGGGCCUUUUCUGCACUCACCUCCAUACCCCUCAGUCUGUUCUUCACUGUGAUGGAAGUGGAUAUCCCUGAGCAGGAACGUGUACACAUUUGUACCCUUAAGUGGCCUGACACAGCUGCAGAGAUUGUGUGGAAUGUGGCCUUCACCGUCCUGUGCUUCCUUCUCCCAGGAUUCAUAAUUGUGGCCAGUUACAGCAAAAUAUUACAGAUUGCUAAAAGAUGUCGGCUAAGGCUCCGACCCAGAGACAGCCAGUCCCCAGUUGGAGACGCUCUUGAAUACCAUGUCUCCCGCCAGGAUAUGAAGCUCUUCCGUACCCUUCUGUUCCUCGUGUUCUCCUUCUUAAUAAUGUGGAGUCCCAUUUUCGCCAUCAACUUCCUCAUCCUGGCCAGGAACUUCUUGGGUCACCUAGAUGUGUCCUCUACCAUGUUCUUCUGGGUGGUAACAUUCACACUGGCCAACUCAGCCCUCAAUCCCAUCCUCUACUCGGUCUGCCAGUUCAAGAACAGCUGGCGCAGGUUCUGCUGUGGCUCUGCUGUCGCUCUAAUGGUGGCGGCAGAAUUUUGGGAGCAGGGAGAUCUUGAAAGGACAGUCCUUGACCAGCAGCCUAUUCCAAUGAUGGACAGGAAUCAUUCUGAGGAGCUGCCUAAGAUGCAGUGUGGUUUCAUUAACUUUGUCUGUUCCUUUGUGUACAAGUUUUCUCGCUUCCAUAUAGAGAUCACUCCCAUGUUCGAUGGCCUGACUAUCAACAGGGGCGAGUGGAGAGCUCUCGCAGAUGUCUACGAGGCCAAGAUGAAAGCUAUCGAAGACGAGAAGAAAAGGCUGGAAGGUGGAGAUGAAGUUCAAGAAGGUGGGAAGUCAAAGACAUGUGUCGUCAGUUAG